AUGGAAGAAAAAAACAAAAAAAAUUGAUAAAAUCGUUGUUGAUGACAUCCAACGCAAUGUCACUUUCAUUUAUAUACCAGACAAUUCAGCCAAAAUCAGUAAAAGGGACCCAAUUCUUCCCCAAUUCUCCAAGCCCUAAUUUACUCCAUAAGGGUUUUCAGAUCCGACACAAACAUCACUCAGUAUGGAAGUUUUUGAUAAAUUCAAGAUCUGGGUAUUGUUAAUCUGCUUAAUAUCUCAACUGGGUCAUGGGUUUUAUCUUCCGGGUAGUUACCCACACAAAUAUACAGUAGGCGAUCCAUUAUCUGUAAAAGUCAACUCUUUGACUUCAAUAGAUACAGAAAUUCCUUACAGUUAUUAUAGUUUACCCUUCUGUAAACCCCCUGAGGGUGUAAAAGACAGUGCUGAGAAUCUUGGUGAGCUUUUGAUGGGUGAUCGGAUCGAAAACUCACCGUAUAAGUUCAAGAUGUUUAAAAACGAAAGCGAGAUCUUUGUUUGUCAAACGAAACCGUUGUCGGGUGAUGAGUAUAAGCUGUUAACGAAUAGGAUUGAUGAGAUUUAUCAGGUGAAUGUGAUGCUUGAUAACUUACCCGCUAUUCGGUACAUGAAGAGGGAUACUUAUUACUUAAGGUGGACCGGGUAUCCGAUAGGGAUCAAAGGUCAAGAAGGUUAUUAUAUCUAUAACCACUUGAAGUUUAAGGUUUUGGUUCAUAAGUAUGAGGAGACGAAUGUGGCGAGCGUAAUGGGGACCGGAGAUGCAACUGAGGCAAUCCCGUCUAUUGGGAAAUCGGGGAAUGAUGUUCCGGGAUAUAUGGUUGUCGGAUUCGAAGUAACGCCUUGCAGCGUUCGGCAUAAUCUCGGCUCGUUAAAGAAAUUGGAAACUUACGGGAAAUACCCGUCUAAAAUUACGUGUGAGGAAAACAUCGUUGGCGUGACUAUAAAGGAAAACGAGCCUGUGGCGUUCACUUACGAGGUUUCAUUUGUCGAGAGUGACAUCAAGUGGCCGUCAAGAUGGGACGCAUAUUUAAAAAUGGAGGGUGCAAAAGUGCACUGGUUCUCGAUUUUGAACUCGCUUAUGGUCAUCACUUUCUUAGCAGGAAUCGUUCUCGUGAUCUUUUUACGAACGGUUAGACGCGAUUUGACUCAUUACGAGGAGUUAGACAAGGAAGCACAAGCCCAGAUGAACGAAGAGUUAUCGGGUUGGAAGCUUGUUGUGGCAGAUGUUUUUCGGGCUCCUGGUAACCCGUCGCUUUUAUGUGUAAUGGUCGGAGACGGGGUUCAGAUUCUCGGAAUGGCGGUUGUGACCAUCAUGUUUGCGGCUCUUGGGUUCAUGUCACCGGCUUCACGUGGGACGCUGGUGACCGGUAUGCUAAUCUUCUACAUGAUUCUUGGAAUUUUAGCCGGUUACGUUGCGGUGCGUAUGUGGCGGACGAUAUUCUGUGGGGAUCACAGAGGAUGGGUGUCGGUUACGUGGAAAGUCUCGUGCUUCUUCCCCGGUAUUGCGUUUUUAAUCCUCUUUACCUUAAACUUCCUCUUAUGGGGGUCCCACAGCACCGGUGCUAUCCCGUUUUCGUUAUUUGUCAUCCUUAUUUUACUAUGGUUUUGCAUUUCGGUUCCUUUAACGUUUGUUGGCGGUUACUUUGGUGCGAAAGCGGGUCAUAUCGAGUACCCGGUUCGAACCAAUCAAAUCCCCCGUGAAAUCCCAGCGCAAAAGUACCCAUCAUGGCUUUUAGUUUUAGGCGCAGGGACUCUUCCGUUUGGCACGCUUUUCAUCGAGCUUUUCUUCAUCAUGUCCAGCAUUUGGAUGGGUCGGGUCUACUACGUUUUCGGGUUCUUACUCGUUGUUUUGAUUCUUUUAGUCGUCGUUUGUGCUGAGGUGUCGCUAGUCUUGACCUACAUGCAUCUUUGUGUUGAGGACUGGAAGUGGUGGUGGAAAUCUUUCUUUGCAUCGGGCUCGGUUGCAUUGUACAUUUUCCUGUACUCGAUAAACUAUCUUAUUUUCGACCUUAAGAGCUUGAGCGGGCCGGUCUCGGCUACACUGUACCUGGGUUACUCGCUCUUGAUGGUUCUAGCGAUCAUGCUAGCCACGGGCACGGUUGGGUUCCUUUCUUCGUUCUGGUUUGUGCAUUACUUGUUCUCGUCAGUGAAGUUUGAUUGAAAGAAGAUGGCCCAACGACUCAUUAGGUCGACACACGGCUUUUAUUAUAUCCUGUAUUCGUCAAGUUCGGUUCUCCAUAUACAAAUAAGUUGAGGUUUUUUAAUAGUUUGUUUCUUUCAAAUGUAUGUAGUUCGAUAGCAAGAAUUUAGAUACAUAGGACUGGAGAAGGUGAUAGAUAGUUUGUAUCUGUGAUUUUAUUUCUUGUUGUGUUGUAUGCAUGCAUUUUUAUGGAACAUGGGCUUCAUUUUAUGGA